AUGUUAAUAGGAGAGACUGAAUCAAUCCAGAAUGAGACUAAGAUUGUGAUAAAAAAGGCUUUAGGUCUCAUCCCGGAUGAAGAAGAGGAAAAUGAUGAACAAGUUGAGAAAGAUAGUUCCGUAAGGUUAAAGGCAGAAGAGCUUCCUAAGGAUGUUGAUGUACAAGAUGUGGACAUAGAGAUGACUCAUCAACAACAAAAACAAGAACAGGUUGAAGAGAAAGUAGAAGAUAAGAGCUCUAAUGAGCAACCAGUGAGUACACAACCUAAAAAUACUCAAACACCACUGAUAAAUGUAAAUGUAAAUGUUGAUGACAAUCAAAAGGAGAAAAUAGAUGAAAAGAAGGAUGAAGAAGCACCAACACAUGAGAAAAUUAUUGAAAUUCAACUGCCACAGAUCAAGGACAACACAGAAGAAGAUAAGACAGAGAAAGAGAAAUCUGAGAAAAAGGAGGAAGAGAAGAAAACAGAGUAA